GAUCAGCAUGGGCGCAAGAAGCACAAGUUCAAGAGGCGGAGAACUCAACGAGAGCGCAAGAUUCUGGGUUAAUGAAGGAUUCCAAGAGUAAUGAAGGACAAUCGUCAGUAAAUUCUGAGUCAACGCAGAAUUCUAUGGGAGUGCAAGGACAAACUGAAAAACCAAUACAGAAAGACAUGACAAUGAUAGAUCCUAAGGAAGAUCAAGUCGUGCCUUCUCGAAAGAUGCGACUGAAAUUUGAGGGCCCAACAUAUCAAUGCAUACGCACAAACUCAAUGGCGCAAGGCGUGCAAGGCAACCUCCCAGUUUACCAGUGCAUACCUACAAGUGAAAUACCUCCUGCUGCCUUCGAAAUGCUAGCUGUACCAGCACAGGGCCUGAAAAUGCAAGGUAAGGAGUUGCAAGGGCCUACAAGUCGAAGCUACAUGGGAAUGGAGCAAAGGCCUAUGAAAAUGCAGGAGACUAUGUCAAAUCACGACUAUAUGGGAAAAGAACGACCCACGCGACAAGAAACCAUGUUAAAUUCUGACUACAGGGGAAUGCAAAGACCCACGGAAAUGCAACUAAAUCGGGACUACAUGGGAAUGCAAAAACCCAAACGAUUUGAAGAAACUACGUUAGAUUCCGACUACAUGGGAAGUCAAAGACCUACGGGAAUGCAAGGAAAUCGGGACUACAUGGAAAUGCAAAAACCCAAGCGAUUUGAAGAA